AUGGAACAAACACAGAGACUCCUGAGCCAGCCCCCUCCCAUCCCUACUUCCCAGGCCAAGAAGAAAAGGAUAUUGGUGCGAUCUUUCUUUUCCAAGGUCUCUUGGAAACUGAGGUUUCUGAAGCCGGAUCCUUUGGAGAAUGUGCUUUUCAUCUUGGCAGAAAGAGCCCGGGAUCCUAAUGCUAAAAAGCGCCAUCUGGCAAUGAGAGGCCUGGGCACCGUGGCCAGUGAAGCCCCUGACAAGCAGGUGAGAAAGUACAAGAAAAUUUUUCUUGACCUCCUGGUGCAUGGACUAUAUGACCCUGUAAGUUCUGAAGUUAUCCAUGAGAGUGUGAAGACUCUGACCAUCAUGCUGGGCAAGAUCCAGGGCCAAGGCCUGGGCUCCUUCUUCAUAGAUAUCACCCUUCAGACCAGGACUUUACUGGAUGAUGCUUGCAAAACGACCAUUCGAGCCUGUGUUCCAUACCUGAAACCCAGGAGUGAGCAGCGUUUCCAAAGUGAAGAAGAUCAAAGGAACCCCAGGCUUUCCCAGCAGCUGAGCCAUUAUCAUCCUGAGGUCCUGCUGUUCUUCUAUGCUAAUAAAAUCCUCUAAGUCCGGAGCAGCAGAGAAAAUGGCUCCAUGUGAGUGCCCAGUUCCGGGCA